UACUGGCUGUCAAUAUUACAUCAUUUUGCAUUGAUUUGAAGGUACCUUAAAGAACUGAGCGUGUCACGUGCUUGGAUGGGGUGUGAACUAACUUGACUGUCUUGAGUUACACAUCUUUGGCAAAAACAAAAGAAAUGGGAUGAGGCCUAAUUCCACCAAUCCGGGUGCGAAGCGACUGGAGAUUCUUAUAUAAUCAGACAUUUCUACACAUCGUAGCUUCACUUCUUCCACCUCCCUCAACUCCAGGCUUCCUCUCUCAGACGCAGCACUUCACUCUCCUGCCAUGGCCAAGGACAUGACUCUGCUGUGGGGCUCCGGCUCUCCUCCCUGCUGGAGGGUCCAGAUCGCACUGGAGGAGAAGAAGCUGCAGGGCUACAACCAGACCCUGCUUUCCUUCAUGAAGGGAGAGCAUAAGUCCAAACAGGUCAUGGACAUGAAUCCCAGGGGACAGCUCCCUGCCUUUAAACAUAAAGACUACGUCCUGAAUGAUUCUUACGCUGCGUGCCUGUACCUGGAGAAGCAGUUUGGGGGCCAGGGAGAAAAGCUGGUCCCUGAAUGCCCAGCUGAACAAGCGAUGACGUACCAGCGCAUGUUUGAGGGUCUCGCGCUCAUGGACAGAAUCUUGACUGUUGUCCAGUACGAGUGGAAGGUCCCCGAGGGAGAGAGACAUGACAGUGCUGUGAAGAGAAACCGAGAGGCUCUGACCGCUGAGGUCAAGCUGUGGGAGGGAUACCUGAGCAAGGGACCAGGCCCUUUCCUUGCAGGAAAGAAGUUUUCACUGGCUGAUGUGACCGUUUACCCGAACAUCGCUUUUCUCUUCCGUUUUCAGUUAUGUGAAGAACGUUACCCUAAACUGGCAGCUUACUACAACUCCCUGAAGGAAAGACCCAGCAUCAAAACCAGCUGGCCUCCUACCUGGAAGGAGACCCCAGAGGAAACGGGCAUGAUGAAGGACAUCUGAGAGUCAAACCUGCUUCAGCUGACACACAGGGUUCCGGUUAUGAGACCUGCACCCUCUCCAUGCACUACUCUAGCUGGCUGCACUUUUUAAAGAAAUAUGCAUUUGCUGUAGUUAUUACAUUGCCGAAAAUAAAUUGUCUGGCUUAAACUCACGAUCCUUUUUUGUGUUCUAAGCAGAAAUAAAUCUUGGCUUUCAACUUU